AUGCCCCCGCUCAAGAAGAAAGUAAAGGCUGAAAAAUCACGCAAGAAAAAUAUCAAAAGGCGGCAAGUUAAAAAGGACAAAAAGGUAAAAUUAUGAGUUUUUUCUACAAAAAAAAACAAUAUUUGGAUUUCAGAAUCAAGCACGGUUGGAAGCGGCGAUGAAGGAUAUUCAAAAUCUCAAAAUCGGUUCGGGUAAAAAUAAAAAGUUGCCGAAACUAGAAAAACGAAAAUUGAAAUUGAAGAAAGAGGGAGAACAACGAAUUAUGAAAGAGUUUAAAAAUUUGAAAUUUGAUUAA